UGCCAAGUCGUUUCUGCCUGAUGACCUCGCUUCCCUGGGUCAGCUCUGCAGCUUCUCAAACACAUAUCCCAGAGCCCUUACUCGCCCGGGGUGUGGAACUACAUCUCCCAACCCACAGCGUUGUCCCCUUCCUUCCUCCCUCUCCCAGUCCCGAGCCAUGGCAACGGCGUGACGUGGGGGUACCGGGAGCUGCGGAACAGCGGUACCGGCUUCAGUUCUAGCCUACCCGGCCGUCAGGACCGGAGCAGGGCGAGGAGCCGUCGCUGCCCCCGCGGGUCGCCCGGGAUCCACUGGGCAGUCGCUUCCUGCCGUUCCUCCUCUGGAGUGAGUGGGAGCAGCCAGUGUCGGAUCCCACUGGGCUAGGGAGUGUCGCGCGCAUGGCCUCGGCCGGCGCGCGGCGGUUUUCCACUGGGACCCGCGCGGCUGCCCAGCACUGCGGAGUCCUCUCGCUCCGCCCGGGCGCGCGCCCGGCCCCGCCUCCAGGCCCUCUGCGACAGCCGCGACCAAUGAGGUUUCUGAUCUCCUGCAGCCUUUUCUUGCCUAGGGCUGCCCAGGUCUUGGUGGCUGAAGCUGGCUUACCUCCCAGCCGUUCUUUCAUGGGCUUUGCUGCCCCCUUCACCAACAAGCGAAAGGCUUACUCGGAGCGCAGGAUCAUGGGGUAUUCAAUGCAGGAGAUGUAUGAGGUGGUGUCCAACGUCCAGGAAUAUCGCGAGUUUGUGCCCUGGUGUAAGAAGUCUCUGGUGGUAUCUAGCCGUAAAGGUCACCUGAAGGCCCAGUUGGAGGUUGGCUUUCCACCUGUCAUUGAACGUUAUACCUCUGCAGUUUCCAUGGUCAAACCUCACAUGGUCAAGGCUAUUUGUACUGAUGGCAAGCUCUUCAACCACUUAGAGACGGUUUGGCGAUUCAGCCCUGGUAUUCCUGCCUAUCCCCGAACCUGUACUGUGGACUUUUCGAUUUCCUUUGAAUUUCGUUCUCUGCUGCACUCCCAGCUGGCCACUAUGUUUUUUGACGAGGUUGUGAAACAGAAUGUUGCUGCCUUUGAGCGUCGGGCAGCCACCAAGUUUGGUCCAGAAACAGCCAUCCCCCGUGAACUGAUGUUCCAUGAAGUGCACCAGACUUGAGGCAAAGGAUUUUUCCUUAAGUCUUUCCUCUACUCCCCUUCCUCUUAUUUGGUUUGGCUCCUGUUCCUAUGAGAGGAGACUGUGCUCAUAAAUACUGUUCCUCCCCUCAAUUCCCCAGAAAUUGGGUUCUAUGCUGGGGGAAAGAAAAAGUGGGGGUGGGGAAAUGUGACAUGCCCAGGAAAGGGUCAGGCCCAUGCUGAGAGCCUGAUAUGACUUCAGCCUUUUCACAGUGAAUCAGAAUCAAGACUGUGUGGUUGUCUCCGGGCCCUGUCAGGGCACCUUAGUUUCUGAUUACAGUAAGAUAGUAACUUCUCUAAGAACUAAAUAAAUUGAAAUUUUCUUCUGGCACAGAGGUACUGAGUAGUAACUUCUGCACUGCCUGAAGUUAAAAGGCAACCUGCCCCCCAACCUAAAAUCUGUAAAGCCUUAUCUAAGAAUAUUUCCAUGCUGCCUGGCUAGUAGAUAACAAGGAGGCUUUCUUACCAUCAGUGCCACAGGGCCCAGGAGAAAAAAAACAAAUUACUGAACAGAAGUGUCUUUGUUCUCUUAGGUUGUACCUUAUUCUUCCACUUGAUCUGAAUUUUUAUAAAAUUUC